AUGCUCUGGCGCGAUGCUCUUCUAGCUCUUGCAGGUGUUACUCUCGCUGUGUCGGUGACCAUUCGCGAGGAACGCGCAGUAUGUGAAAGAAAGGUGAACGUCCAGAUCUUUUUUGAGCCUGGGUGUAAAUAUUGCCGUCAGUACCUCGCUGGUCCAGUUAAGAAAGCAAUCUCACACGAAUCGACCCGGGGAUGCAUGAAUAUCGAUUUCAACCCUCUUGGCAAUGCUUUCUAUCAAAUCCCUGAAUGCAAGAAUGCUUCUACAAGCAAUGUGACUGUACCAUCAUGUGGUGGUGCAGGAGGGUAUGAUGCAGGCAUCCGUGCAUGCUACAACAAAAAGUGCGGUCCCGGAGCCGCAGCUGCAGAUCGUGUCGAGAAUUGCUACAGAGGCCAUUUGAUUUUCCAGCACGGCUUCAAGGAAGCGCGUUUCACUCGAUAUUUCGCGUGCGCCAAGCAUGCCGAUUCCACGAAAAGUUGGGAGAGCUACGGGCAGUUCGUCCUCUGCAUGGAAAGAAAUUACACCACAACAGAAGACGAGACCAUGGCGCUUAUUCAAAGUUCAGCGCAGGGCGGAGACAUGAUCGAGGCACUUGUCCAAAAAUGCGCAGAGCAUUCCAGAAUCAGCCUGGACGAGAUCGACAAUUGCUACAAGAGCAAUGGGGGAGAGGAGGCAUUCAAGCUGGAAGCGCGGAGCAUCCCUGAGCACAGCGGAGUCCCGUGGAUCAUCAUCGACGGGGUGGUCCAGCCGGAGACCUACGACGAGGACGCGCUGCUGCUGGCGGUGCAGAGGUCCAUGGAGAGCGAGAUGAGGCCUCCCGACGCUCCGAGGCUCGCUGCGAUACAGUACCGUGAGUUUCUCGGAGUGCGGCAGGAGGAGCGCCGGCGCCAGAUCACGUGCUGA